AUGAUGUUCGUUCCGUUUACUGGAAUCGACAACCAUGGUAGGUGUGUAACCUUUGCUGCUGGGUUGAUUAGAGAUGAAAAGGCGGAGACCUACACAUGGCUCUUAAACUGUUUCAUGAGGUCAUUUAAUAAAGAUCCAACAAUGAUGGUAACCGAUCAGGAUAAAUCGAUGGAAAUUGCAAUAAAAAGUGUGUUUAAGACAACAAAGCAUAGGUUGUGUAGGUGGCACAUAACUCAGAAGUUGCAAAUAAAGGUUAAAGAGGCAAUUCCAAGUAUUGAAGAAGAAUCAGAAAGAGACUUUAAGAGGAGGUUUGACAAUAUAGUGUGGAAUAUGUACAUUGAGCCACAUGUUUUUGAGGAACAGUGGGAUAAAUUGAAGAGUGAUUUUUCGUUGAAGAAUGAUACAUGGUUCAAGUAUAUGUUCCAAAUUAGAUCAAAAUGGAUACCUGCUUACUUUACAGAAACUCCAAUGUUCGGUCUGAUGAGAACAACCUCAAGGUCGACACAAGAGAAGUUGGAUGCCGAUGACAUCAAAAAAAGCCGAACAUUGUGCACCAAACUGAAAAUUGAAAAGCAUGCUUCAAAAAUAUACACAAAAACAGUUUUCGAGAUUGUUCAGAAAGAGAUAGAAGCUUCAUUGUAUGCAUGUUCAGUUGAUCAGAUGACUAUCGAGGGCGAUUGUAAAGUUUAUCUUGUUAAUGAAAAAUUGGAGAAGAAAGCAUUAGAUACUAGAAAAAAUGUGAUACAAAUACAAGAUUUGAGAUCGAGACAAAACAGAUUCGACAAUGCAAAUAUGGGUACUCAAAGGUUGGUUACUGAUGUAACCUCGGUUGUUGAAGAUUGCUUGCAUCUACUUGUUAAUGGUGAAAAGAAGCUCGAAGAAUUUCUGGAACAAGUGAAAGACUUGAAGAAAAAAGUUGAGGAUGAAAUGCCAAAACAACCCUCAAAGAAAAAAGAUGACAUCAUAGAAAAAAUGACAGGUGUUUCAAAGCCGGAUACAAAUAGAAUAAAAAACCCACCAGUAGACACAUACAAGGGGUGCUACAGAGACAAACGUUUGAUGGGUGGGAAAGAAAAGGGGCUUAAAGAAAGCAACAAAAGAAAGAGUAAUUGCAGCAUGUGGAGGGACAGAUCACAACAUGAGGACUUGUGGAAGAAAGAAACAAAAAGCGAAUUGGAGACCACCCCUUGCUGGGCUGUUGGUUUGCACAUAAAUUCCACACCUGGUCUGAAACAAAGGUUUUGGACAAUCAACUUUGAUUUCACACAAAUUCAGUAUAUAGACAUCGUACAACAUUAA